AUGGCACUCGCAAACGUUGUCAGGACAUCGAUUCAUGCACAAAAUCAAUGGAAUCAAAGCAUAUUGGAUCAAAACCUGAUCGAGGGUGACGAUAUAUAUGGCGAAAUUUAUUCGUUAACCGCUGAACAAGAAAAUGCGCUGUCCAUACCAGAAAGUGCACACUUGAUGGUUCGCAAUUUUGACGUCAUAAAUCAAGAUUUCAGUAUGUACAGUAAAAACUUCUCAAUCGAGUACAAUGAAAAUCCAGCGCUUUUUGGAUGUCUCAUGGAUAGUGUCAAUCGAAAAGAUGGCAUUGGCAACACCCUGAACGAUUCAAUGCAGAAUCUAUUUAACGAUCACUCUGCUGGCAUUCUUAUUGCGGAAGGCAAAUCGUACGGAGUAAUAUAUCACGGAGAGAAAUACUACUUUAUAGACUCUCAAUCAUGUGGCAUAAAAGGAGCUCCAGCCAAGAAUUCAAAUGACAAAGCGUGUAUCGUUGAAUGCGACACAAUAAAUGAGUUGACUCGGAUAUGCAAACGAGCAACAGGGUCUCGGCGCGUACAAUACACUUUGGACCACAUAUAUGUGCAGUUUAAUCACAACCCGAUACAGGAUCUGCACAUCGUCGAACUGCUGUCUUUGAAAGAACCCACUCCGUUGAAUGUCGAGCAAUAG